GAGAGUGGGCGACCUCAAAUAGCGUGCGCAGGAGGCGGCUCCUUUAUUUGCUAGUUGUCCGCCGCGUGGUAGUGACGUGUGGACACAGGACAUCAUGCGGACAUUACUGUUAUGUACGCUGUGCGCAGUCACAGUCUACGCUCAAUAUGACUCGCCUAUCCCACCAAGACUACAAAUACCCGGAGCUAUCCCAGUCGGCGGUCCCGUCAGAGGAGGGUUCAGACAGGGAAGGCUGAACAGUGCACCAGUCGCAGGGCCGCUGCCGCGAGCGCGCAGGCCGGGCCACGCGAGACCCUCUUUCAAAUCCGUGGACGCGUCGCCCCCGCGGCCCAACCUCCAAUCCAUUGAGGAGCCCGCUAAGCCAGUUACCGAGGAACCAGAAGAUGAUUACGAAAUCAACACACCCACUGCUUUCUCACCCAACUUGUUCUCGACACCGACGCCCCAAAACGAUUUCUUCGACAUCACCACGACUUCCCAACCGAAACCACCGAUAGUGUUCAACGUAUCGCCAUUCCAACAGCAGUCUACGCCAUCAGUGCCGAAACUGGAGCCCAUCAAACCUACUCAGUACCGGCCACUUCUCCCUCCGCAGUCUUUCAAUCCAAUUAGAAACGAACCCAAACCGCAGCCUGUGAGACUACAGCCGCUGUCGAGCAGGCCUCAGCGGCCAGCGUUCCGUCCCGAGCCGAAACCAUUUGUUGAGGAAGAUGAGGCCCCGAUCCAACCCGUCAGGCAGUACUCGCGGCCGCAGGAGCCCAUCGCCAGCCGCGUGCCAGUGAAGCAUGCACCCCCACAGAAAUACACUCCAUCCAACAACCGAGAAAAGAAGCCGGUCGCACAAAUUAUCCGCAAAUACAGAGAAGAGAACGAGGACGGCAGUAUUACCUGGGGUUUCGAAAAUGACGACGGCUCCUUCAAAGAGGAAACUAUUGGCGUCGAUUGCAUUACUCGAGGCAAAUACGGAUAUGUAGACCCCGACGGUCUUAAACGGGAGUACAACUACGAGACAGGUAUUGCAUGUGACAAAACUAAAGAGGAUCAAGAAGAGAAAGGUUUUAUCGAUUACCAAGAAAACAAAGCAGUGCUGCCCAAUGGCAUCACAAUUGAUCUCGCUGCCAUGGGAAAGAAGUCUAGGAGGCCAUUCCGAUCACCUGUAAAUUAGUUUAAGUUUAUGGUAUUUAUUUUAGGGAAAUUUAAUUAUAAGAAGAACACUUACAUUGUCUUGUCAUAAUAUAAUGAGAUGAGUCAUUAAUGUUGAGUGAUACAAAUUAUUUGAAUUUGUGUCUAGGAGAAGACGAAGAAAGACUACAAAGAAAUAAAUAAAAUAAAAAUUC